AAGCGAGGAACAUAUCGACCUAGACGACUAUACAGUACCGUUAACUGUGUUUACACCUGUGUGUUGAAUGAUUACUAUUAUGGAUUCCCUGUUGGAAUCAGGCACCGGCUUCACGGUGUCCCCCAAGUUUGAGGACAACACUGAACUUACUAAUGGAUGGCAAGAUGUUGAGAGUCUGGCAAUGAUGUACCAGGAUACUACUCCGUAUGAGAACAACAUCCUGCAAGCUAUCAGUGGGUCAAGUGCUUCCCCCCAGCAAAACAUCUCAACCGCCAACACUUCUCCUCAGAGGAUGAACACUCCUACAACCUGUUCACCUUCCCCAGCACAGAAUGAAAUAUACGAUGACUUGUUAGACUUUGAUUUCAUUCUUUCCAACACCAUGGAUAAUGGGUCGUUGGACAACAACACUACCUUGUAUCCAGAGGAUAAUGGACAGAAAGUCAAGCGAGAGCCGCUCUCUGUUAAUGCAGACACAUUACCAGAUUUUCACUCUACAUUCAUGGACAUUCCUGAUAUUAUGAAUACUAUGUACGACAUGGAAAAUGUAAAAGCUGACUUUAGAAAACAACAAAUUAUCGUACCUAAACAAGAGUGCAAUCGGAAUACAACGACUUCGUGUGCUUCAUAUAUGUCAACUAACAAUUCUGCUGUUGCUAUGCCUAGACUUAACUGUACAAUGAGUCCAGUGUCUCCUCAGCAGCAACAACAACACCAGCAGCAACAACAACAGCAGCAACAACAACAGAUACACUAUCAGUUGAAUAUUCCUGGUAAUUUGUCACCGCCAGCCUCUCCCGAACACCAGGAUGACCAGGUAAAAUGUCGUGCCCCACUCUCCAUUCUCACACAACAUCCACAGAUCCACAGAAUUCCUCCCCAUCAUCAACAGAUGCAUCACCAACAAACGUCGCCACAAGCUCAACAAGCUUUUAUGAUGCCCACCCAUCAUUUCUUAUCUAAAAUGCCUCUGCCACAGCAACACAUGAUGCAGCAUCAGAUGAUCACACCACCAUCGUCCCCACAACUUGUUGACCUGUUGCUUCCGCAACAGCCUGUUGACCCAUCGUCAUGCCAACCCAAAAAACGAGGACGAAGGAGCUGGGGCAGAAAACGACAGACAAGCCACACAUGUUCACAUCCUGGAUGUAGUAAGACAUAUACUAAAAGUUCCCAUCUUAAAGCGCAUUUACGGACUCAUACUGGCGAGAAGCCAUAUGCAUGCACAUGGAAGGGAUGCGGCUGGAAAUUUGCGCGCUCUGAUGAACUUACCCGUCACUACCGUAAACAUACCGGUGACCGCCCUUUCCAAUGUCACUUGUGUGAAAGGGCCUUCUCCAGGAGUGAUCAUUUGUCACUCCAUAUGAAACGCCACAUAUGAACUGACCAUCACCAACCAGUGUGAUACCACAAGACCUCGGUCUAAAUCUAGAGACAUUUCCGUGUUCAACCUGAAAAAACACUGCAUUCCAUUUCAUAAUCAAUUGAUCACUAUGAUGUUGUAAUUGUAGAUAGUUAUCUAUGAUUGUUGUAUUUUGUCAACACCAAGUUGAUAUAUGUCAUACAAGUUUAGAUGGUGAUGUAAAAUUGGAAAUUAGUGGUUAAGGUUGGGAAAAUCUCUAGUAUCGUUUUGUACCGUUAAGGGCUGUUGUAAAAGGUUUCAAAAUUUGUCGGCUGGUCCGAUAGUUACCUUUGUUACACGUUCCUGACAAAACGAUACAACUGUUUGGGCUAUCCGCCCCAGGAUGGCACCAAGAGAUGGCGAGUAUCGUAAUGUCGAACGGAUGUUAUGUAUACUGUAAUAUAUUAUAUGAUCCAUACGUGUAUUAGCGUAUAUAUGUAUGUAGACCUUUUCCUAAUUUGCAAGGCCAGUUAAGUCCAUAACUAGUUCGUAUCAUUGCUAUGCAACACAACUGCCAAUCAAAAAUUCCACCUUGAUACAUGAGCAACGAAGCCAAAAUGUUAACACUUCAAAACUAUUUGUCAGAAGUGUAUUUAGUGUGGAAACUCAGGUUCUGACGUCAAUUCAUCUCUUCAGUCCACGGACUAAAUAUUGUUACAGAGUCUAUUUUUGCAUUUAAAUCUUUUUAUGAUAGAUUCUUUUUAAGAUUUUGAUGAUAUUUUUGUAUGAACAGUUGGACAGAAAAUUGGUCCUUAAAUAAGAUUUUCAUUUUUUUUUGUACGCAGACAUAUGUGAUGUCAACCCAAUGCAUAUUUUAAGAUAAUGAUUGGUCAAACUAGUACUUACCUCAACCAUAACUAGUAUAGGUUUUUGGUAAUGAAUCAGUGCAAUUUUUAUGUAUUUUAUUGACUUUAACAUAUGUUUAUUACAACGACAAGUGUCACAUUGAUGUAGACCUAAUGAGGUCAGAAAUAUCCUUAGCUUAAAUACAAGCUUUAUGUAGAUGUAAUGUGCUUUUUAAAAAUGAUAGAUAUUCUCUGCAAAGGGAGGCAACUCUUUCUUUGGCUUUUCUUUAAAUAUGAAUUAUUAUAGAAAUUACCUUCUGAUUCUUUGGUGCAGGUCACUUGUCUGAAAUUAUAAAAAAAAUGACAACUGUAAUUGAUUAAUGACAUGUAAUAAAAAGUUAUAAUCUGGUUUUCUGUAGAGUAGUAAAUCUAUAUAUAUAUAUAUCGUUAAUUGUUAUUCGCGUCAUGUUGGUACGUUAUUUAAAUACAUAUACAUUGUUUUGGUGCUUUUGUAUGUUAUGCUAUGUUGAUAUUACGUUAAUCAAUUAUAUAUUAUGUAUCAAUAUAAAAAGCACGAUAAGUCCUAGUCAAAUGUGUUCAAGAAAACCAAAAGUGCCACGUUAAAUUUGCCUUAUUGUUAUUAUAUUAUUUCUAGCGUAGCUAGGAAACAAAUUUAUGAAAUAUGAAAUCAUCUAAUAUAUGCAGGUCAUGUGAUGAAAAUCAAAUAAAAUUACUGAAAUUGAAA